AUGACUGACCUCGACGACGAUAUCCCACAACUCAUCGAGCAACCGGUAAACGAAGUCAAACCUAUUGGCCUGAAGCCAGAUGCUGCUGUGGCUCGAGUUCCUCUGACGAUAAUCAGUGGAUUUCUGGGUGCAGGAAAAUCUACGCUUCUUCAGAGGAUCCUUACUGAACGACACGGAUAUCGAAUCGCUGUCAUCAUGAACGAAUUUGGGGAUACUGCAGAUAUCGAAUCAAAAACGAUAAAUGUAGGGACCGGGGAAGAUCCUUCUGAAAGGUCCGAAGAGUUCCUUGAAUUAGCCAACGGAUGCCUGUGCUGCAGUAUCAAAGACACCGGGAUAGCAGCCAUCGAGAGAUUAAUGCAGAAGAAGGGCGCGUUCGAUUAUAUUCUACUCGAGACAACAGGCUUAGCUGAUCCUGGUCCAAUCGCGUCGAUGUUCUGGUACAACGAAGAGUUUGCCAUGGGUCUAGGAAGAGACAUCACCCUCGACGGCGUUGUUUGUGUAGUAGACGCAGUCUUCGGAAAGAAGCAAAUAGAGGAAGACCAUGCUGUUGACGGGAUUGGUGAAAGCUUACGGCAGAUUGGAUGUGCAGACGUUGUUUUAUUGAAUAAGGUAGACUUGGUUUCUGAAUCGGCCGUUACCGAGCUCCAGGGUAUUAUCAACGGCGUCAACCCAGUGGCCCCAUUAUAUCAAACCAUUCGUGGCGAGAUCGACCUCAAGUGCAUUCUUGAUCUCAAGGCAUUCAGCUCCGGACCCGAUGCUCGCAAUGCACCGAUCGAAUCAUCAUACAACACUGGUGCUGGUCACGCUCACGAUCAUACCGAUAACCGUGGACCCCAUGAAACCCACUACGAGAUGCGGGGGAUAUCAAGCCUUCAGGUCUCUUGCCCCCCGUUGAGCGGAGGCCAAUUCGAAAGGUUCGAUGAGUGGCUGAGAAGCGUUCUAUGGGAUGGGAAGCUUCCAUCUGGGGAAGAUAGAAAGCUGGAGGUUCUUCGCUGCAAAGGGAUGUUUACCUUGGAUAGCGGUGAGCAGUACGUGCUUCAAGGUGUUCGAAACCUAUAUGAGAUAGACGUGGUCGGGAGGAAGAGAUCCCUUGGUGUACCGGAGGACGGUAAAGUAGUUCUCAUCGGUAAAGGACUGGAUGAGGGGGUUAGACGGAGCCUGAUAGAAAUCCUUUCGUAG